AUGGAUAUCCCUUCCACCGAUGAGGAGUUUCGCAGUGCCAUCCAAGCUCUGCAGGCUUCGACAAAGGCGAUCGAGCAUCAAACUCGAAUCAUCAACUCUCAAGCAGCUUAUUUGAAAAAUUGGAAAACAAGUGACGACGCGGCCGACCACCGCAGAUCCUCUCACGCGUCUUAUCUCAGCCAGCGAGAGGCGGCUGAAAUUCAGCAUGUCACGUUUGUGGUAGAACUCUCCUUCAUUGACCAUUUCAGUUCGUGUGCUAAAUGCGAGGGCCAGAACGAACAGCUUUUAGAUGAUCUACGUGCCGACCUCCAGUCUGAGAGCGAAAGCAUCGCGAAGGAUGUCAAGUCUGUCCAUUCAGUCGUAUCCCAGGUGCUGAACGCGGAUGACCGUGCCCUGGCUAAGCUGAACGACCGCACGACCCGGCAUCCAAACCCAACAAUUGAUACUGGUGAUAAGGUGCAAAGGGUCACCCAAUUAGCAUCCGCUCUACAAUAUUUUCGAGUCCAAGUGGUCAAGGAUCGUCUGGACUACACUUAUUUGCGAAGACUGAAUGAACUUUCGUCACCAGAAGGCGAGGAAUCUAUGCGGGAUCCUGCUGUUUCAUCCACGACAGUCAAAGAAAUCCAACAGGAUCUUGGUUCGCUCUAUGAUGAGAUCGACGAUAUCGUGACCAUGGCUGUCCGCCACGAGCACACAGGUCCGAUCGGAGCUACGUUGCAUCAAAUAGAUGCGGCUUGGGAAAGGCAGGGGAAGGCGAUGGCCGAACAAGUACACAGCCGACUGUCGACUCUGACCGAAUCGCUCGAGCAGCUCUCGUCCAGGCUCGAAACCAUCCAUAGCCAGCGUACGAUACUACGGAAUCUCGCCUUGAGGACUGAAUCCCUACAACAGCAACCAAACCCGCCAGCACGUCGCCUCGCCAGAGCGACUCGAGCAGGAGGGGCCUCAGCGGCAGAGACAGGACCCACCGACACCAAAGCACAACCCGCCCUCUCCAAGCUCCUACAGCACCUCUCCCUCCACGACACCACUAACCCAGCACCCAGCCAAAUCCCACACCCACACCCACUGCCCACCGCCAUCCAAAAACAGACGAUCAGGCUGCAAACCGAAUCCACCCAGCACGUAUCAGAGAUCCUGACGGCAUCGGAGAAGGCGGCCACACGCCGUCGCGAGAUCCUCGACGCCGUCGCUAAAUGUAUUGUCGGCGAGACGUCCGAGAAGAACGCGCGGGAUCUCGGAGAUCUAGAGGCUGUGGUCAACGGCGCCAGGCUGCGGAUGGAGAGAAGGGCGUGA